AUGACUGUGGAAUUCCAGAUGGAUGUAUGUCAGGUUGAUGUUGACAUGGAAUUCCAGGAUGAUGACUGGGGAGCCCUGAAGCCUCAGGGAGUAUACCACUCCCUACACCACUCUCAUAAUGUGACCAUGGCACUUGCCGCAGCUCUAGGGUGUGUCUGGGACUUGAUUGAGGUGGUGCCACAGCCAGAGGAGAGUUUGGAGACCAUCUAUGUGUGGGUGGAGGACUGGGACAAGACAAGGGCCAGCAUUUGGUCAUGGUGGAGAUACAUCAAUGACAAUGGAAUUUCUGUACCAAAGGUUCACAACAAGUGCAUGUGUGACUACACUGAGGAAUCUGUGAUGUGCCAAAACUUUCUAGUCCUGGGUGCCAUUGCCAUUGCUGACCUCUGGCACCCAGUGGAGCAGAGACAGAUCCACAUCAGUGACAUCUUCAAAGACUACCAGGAGAGGAAUUCCAACUCCAGAAGAGGUAGGCUCUGUUCAAGCCAGGUUGACCCUGAAGGGGCUUUGGUCUGGAGACAGGAUAAGUACUUUAGAUGA